UUAGUGCGCAUGCGUGUUUACUUCCCCAGUAGCAGGUAAACUCAACUAAACCACCAUGGCGGCGAGAGGCCAUGUGCAAGACCCCAACGACCGGAGACUCAGACCCAUAUACGACUACCUUGACAAUGGCAACAACAAAAUGGCCAUCCAGCAGGCCGACAAGCUGCUGAAGAAGCACAAAGACUUGCACUGCGCCAAGGUGCUGAAGGCCAUCGGCCUGCAGCGGACUGGCAGGCAAGAUGAGGCCUUUUCACUGGCCCAGGAGGUGACCUCCUUGGAGCCGACAGACGACAACUCUUUACAAGCGCUCACCAUCCUCUACAGGGAGAUGCAUCGGCCUGAGUUGGUGACCAAAUUGUACGAGGCGGCGGUGAAGAAGGUCCCGCUCAGCGAGGAGUACCACUCGCACCUCUUCAUGGCGUACGCACGCGUCGGCGAGUACAAGAAGAUGCAGCAGGCAGGAAUGGCCUUAUAUAAAAUCGUCCCCAAGAAUCCUUAUUACUUCUGGUCUGUCAUGAGUCUGGUAAUGCAGGCCAUCUCGGCACAGGAUGAAAAACUAUCCCAAACCAUGUUUCUACCCCUGGCGGAGCGCAUGGUGGAGAAGAUGGUCAAAGAAGACAAAAUUGAAGCAGAAGCAGAGGUGCAGCUCUACUUCAUGAUCCUGGAGCGCUUGGGAAAAUGUGAGGAGGCGUUGGAAGUGAUCAAGGGUCCGCUAGGAGAGAAGCUGACCAGCGAGCUUCAGAGUCGAGAGAGCAAGUGCAUGAUGUUGUACCGGCGACUGAGACGCUGGCCCGAGUGCAACGCCCUGGCCCACAAGCUCCUGCUCAAAAAUCCUGAUGAUUGGCAGUUCUACCUGGCCUACUUCGACUCGCUUUUUCACCUCAUGGAUAUGUCGUGGAGUCCACCGGGGGAUGGAGAACACUGCUCGGAAGGCGCGGUUCACCACACCGUGGCGGAGGUUGUGAGGUUCGUGGAGGAGAGGAUUGCGGGCGAGGACGGCAAAGACGCUCGCUCGCUGCGGGGUCCUUACUUGGCGCGUCUGGAGCUCAUGCACCGGCUACGACAGCGCGCCCUUCCCCAGGAAGGCCAACUCGGAGAGCCUUUGGAGCUGAUGGUGCAGUUUUUCGUCAAGUUUGGCGACAAGCCUUGCUGCAUCACAGACCUCAACAUUUACCUCCACCUACUCGCCGCAGACCAACACGAGCAGUUCGUCAAGCGGCUGAGCGAGGCCGCCCCUCUGGGCCAGCCCGGACCCGACGGCUUGGCCUUCCCGGAUGACACCAAAGCGCUGCAGAGGCAUUUGUGCGUGUGUCAGCUGAGUCGGGCGCUCGGCCUGCAUCACGCCCUCGACGCCGCCGCCAAGCUGAGACUCGUUGCGGAGCUCAAGGCGCACUAUCGGCACGGCCUCAAGUUUGGGAAGAACGCUCUGAAAACUGAGCUGCAGUUUUCCGACAUGUAUUGCCUGAUGGCGGCUCACGUCUACAUUGACCUGUGGACGGAAAGCGGAGACGAGAAGAUGGCGUGGCUCAGUCUCGGCCUCCUCCAGGAAGGUUUGUCCAACAGCCCGUCCAACGCACAGUUCAAGCUGCUGCUGCUGCUCCUCUACUGCCGCCUGGGCGCCUUCGAGCCGGUGGUGGACCUCUACGCCAGCCUGGACGCUAAGCACGUCCAGCACGACACCAUCGGCUUCCUCCUAACACGCUACGCUCAGUCCUUGGGACAGUUUGCGGCCGCCUCGCAAGCCUGCAACUUUUCUCUCAGGUUUUUCCACUCCAAUCAGAAAGAUACCUCCGAGUACAUCAUCCAGGCGUACAAAUACGGCGCCUUUGAGAAGAUCCCAGAGUUCAUCACCCUCAGGAACAGGCUGAACCAGUCGCUGCAUUUCGCCCAGGUCCGCACCGAGAGGAUGCUGCUCGACUUGUUCCUAGAGGCCGACAUUGUCUUGAGUCUGGAGGAGAGUGUGAAGUCCAUGUGUUUGUCCGCAGAGGAAGAUGACAUUCCCUGGGACAACAUGAGGGACAACCGAGACCUCACGGUGUUCACCUGCUGGGACCCGAAUGAGCGGAAGUUGACCGAGGAGCAUCGGCGACGUUCCCUGGAGGAAGAGUGCGUGUGGCUGCGCUUACGUUCGCUCACACUGCGCCUCCUCGCAGCGGUGGCGGCGCUGGGCCACAAGUCCUCGCCGCAGAACUCGCCGGCGGCCACCGAGAACGGCGUGGCCGACAAGACCGCGUUGCUGCGUGGCCUCCUGGCGCAGCUUGGCCACAACCUGCAGACGGCCACGCAAAUGGCUGAGAGACGCACGCAGUAUCCCUUCCUGGGACCACCCGCCACCCGUCUGGCUGCCGCUCUGUCCAGUGGCAGCUGCCAGUGUCAAGCGGCAGCGCUGCAGCUGUCGCUCCACGUACACCAGCUGGACGCAGUCGGACUCGACGAGUCGUCGGAGCUGCAAACGCAGAUGUGUAACGCCUUCAAGUCGCUGGCCGUUCAGCUUCAAGAAAUGCUGACUAAAUGCAAAGGAGACCUACUGGACAUGAAGGAGGGCAAAUUAAAAAUCCGACCGUCUUUACUAGAAAACCUCAUCUUCUUUGUGGAGACGGUGUGCGUGGUCUUGUGGGUUGCCGGCUACUGCACCAAAGUCCUCCAGCCGCUCAAGUCCAGCCUACAGAAAAAGAAGAAGAAGAAAAAGGACGCGAGCAUAGCUCAGCCGAUGGUGGUGUGCGGCUUCCAGGAGCUGACGGCGAGCUUGCAGGACGUGCUCGCCCAGGCCCUGGAGCACAUUAAGGAACAGGAAGUUGGCAUAGCGGCGCUCAAACUGGCCGAUUUGUCCCUGGAAGGAUCCACGGAGGAGGAGUCAUCGUUUACGAGGGCGGCCAUGGACAAGCUGCAGAGCAGUCACCUGCGUUCGCUCCAGGAGGUGGCGGAGUUGCUCAAGAAGCGAGCAGACUCUUUGAAAAACCUCAAAAUCUGAGCGUCUUCAUGCUCGUCUGUUUGCCGUCAGCACAUUUCCGGGACGCUUUCAACUCUCAUCAUGCGCGUGCGCAACGCAUCCACAUAAACAGACACGCGCACGCUCGCCUAUCAUGGAGUCACAUGGUGACGUCCAGAUGCUCGUUUUUAGUCCAAUUAGUAAAUUAUUGUACAUAUUAGGUUAGAGUCCAAGAAACCACUAUUUCCUUUGCUCGAUCACUCGCGUCCCCUCCUCCCCUUAGUGUUGGCGCGCAAAGACGCCAGACUUAGGCUUCCAUCGGCGUUUCAUGUCGGCUUUCUUUUUUUCCAUGCUUUGUUCAUCUUGUUUCUGAAGGAAGUCAAGCACCUCUGUAGUCGCAGUAUUACAAAAAAAUAUCACAUAAACAGCUCCCUUCUAGAAAUGGCGGCGGUGGCGAGGUCACGUGACAUCCACAACAACCAGCAAAACAUUUACUUUUUUUUUUUUUUUUUUAAAGCUACUUGUGUGUGAGUGCACAUUUGUUUGGCGUGGAGACUAAUGUGAGCGCCCCAAAGCAAGGCACUGAGGCUUUAUGCAGUUCUGUCCUGUGUACGGGGCACUUAAAAUAAAACACACUUUGGACCUAAUUGUAAAUAGCCGAGAAGCUGCUGUGCGUGAGGGAGUUAGCGAAAAGUGUGUCCGUGUGUGUGCGUGAGUGCAUGCGUGUUAGAGCUCGUGUCAGAGCGGGCGCAUUUGAGAUCGUGAGGGAAUUUGCACCGCGUUUGAAAUCAUGCAAAUGUUUUGGGGGGUUUUUUUUCAGAGUUUUAAAAAUGCCUGUUAGCAUGUUUUAGUUUGAAACAGCAUCAAAUACAACCGCCUAAUGCCGCUAAUUCAACAAGUGACAAUUUUCACUUCUUUGCAACCUUAAAACUGCCUUGAAAAACUUUUUUUUUAACGCUCUCGUCAUUGGGAAGUUUGUUUAAAAACCAUUUGCAUAGUCUACAAAAAUCUGAAAAACAUUUGCAUUAUUUGGAUUGCCGCGUGUAAGAACGUCCUUGGUUGUGCAUGAAAAAGCGUGAGAGAAAGUGAAUCUGUGAGAAAAAAUGUGGGGGAGACGAAAGCGUGUGUGUGUGUGUGUGUGUGUGUGUGUGUGUGUGUGUGCGCGCGCGCGCGCGUGUGUGCGUGUGUGUGUGUGUGUGUGCGAAAGAGAAGGCUGCUGCAGUUGAUGGGGGUGUUGCUGUGCCAUUUUUGUUAUCGUUCCCUCUGACCUGAAAAACAAACUGUGGCGUCAAGUGUCUACUUUUGGCCGUUCGCGAUUAAAAGACGACUAUCAUAUUUGAUGUUACCUGACCAAAACAAUGAAAGCGAUCACACAAAUGAGCUCAAUGUACUCAAAUAUUGUGAAAAAGUUUGGCAGGUCACAUCAAGUUGCAGUUGGUCUCGUGUCCGCCUCCUGUCCAUAUCAGCAUCAUGAAGAAGUUCCGUUUUCUGUUUAGACUGGCCGCGAGACGUGUAAAAAAAAAAAAAGUGUGCUCAUGAUUGACAAUCUGGAUUGUGACCAUCUCAGCAUCCUCUUUUGUUAGAAAAUGGGAAAAUAGAAACACUGGAAUGUCAAAGCUUUUUUAAAUAAAUGUGAAAAACU